UUUAAUUGGACAUACUGGGAUACAUAUAGAUGAGCAUUGUUUAUUAAACUACGAAUUAUGCACAAUCGUGUUCUUAAAUAAUAUGCUCCACGCGACUUGUUUAUAAGAUAAAGAAAAUUAGUUUGUGUCGAUGUAGACGCGGAUUCGAGGAGUUUUCUAACAUCAUAUAUUCUUACAUUGAAAUAAUAUGUCAGAGGAAAUUACAAUUAACAAAGAUAAGAUUCUUGAUAAAUUAAUAAGUUUCCAAACUUGAAAACAAAAAAAAUUGUAACACGUGUUGUUGUGCUGUACGGAAUACGCCAUUGGCUUGCAUAUUAGUCUAUUAUGUAUUACUUGCAAAAGCUAGAAAAGGAGUUCAUGUCUUUUGGUGUAUCGUAAAUAAUAAACGCGAAAACAUGCCUGGAGGUAGGCGGAAUGCUGCCAGUCGGACUGGACCGAUUGGCAGAUCAGGAAAUACUUAUACUAGUCUUGCUAAUGUUAACGGACGAAAUAAUAGUGGAGAAAGAACAAUUGGGAAUAUCACAGAGGAUAAAAAAAUUGAUGAGAUUUAUGGUGGAAAAUCUCUGGCACCGAAACACAUCCCAAUACCUGUGGUACCAGUCGAUGGACAAUUAACGUUUGAGGCUUUGUCUUUGUUUAUCUCAAUUAUUGCAGCUUGCCUGCAACUACUUAAUAUAUAUAAAACUGUAUGGUGGUUACCACAUUCGUACAAUAGUUAUAGUGUGAACAUGUAUUUGAUAGAUCCUUAUCUGCUUCUAUUUAUUUUUACAACAAUGGCAUGUAGAUUUAUUUAUACAUUACUAUGUCAAUUCAUUGAUGUUUCAUUGCCAAUUCGAUGGUUGCCUACUAUUCAAAAGAUUAUGAGAAUAUCUCUAUCAAUUUCUGUGAUGAGUAUAAUUGGCUGGUGCCUCUAUCAUAUGGCUGAAAGACAUAACUUUAUGAAGAUUAUUUAUUAUAUAUGUUAUCUAAGUUUUUCGGUAUAUUUGCUUACAUUUGGAGUACGUUCAACAUUAUUUUUUGAUAUUUCUACAUCAUUCUCAUGUGGAAAAGAGGAACGGAAGACAAAAUACUUGUUAGAUAAACCCUUGCACAAUUGCUCAUUAAAUGCAUCGGCCAUCAGAGCAGAAGUAUCCACGUUAAGAACCGAUUUUAAUCGACGAUUAAAGCGGGCUUUAUUUUCAUCUUUUAGUAGCGCAUACAUCUGUGGAGUCGCGCCCAUUAUUUUUGUACCUUCGCAUUUACAUUUCAAUCUACCGUGGGUAGUGCAACAUGCAUUCUUAUUUUUUCUUGGAAGGAUAAGCGCAUAUUUUGCUCAAGCUUAUCCUGUUAGAUACUGUGAUGUGCUACAUAGAGCAGCGCUACAUUUAGGACGGUGGAUUAAAAUAGAAAAUCGUAACAAUCACGUAUACGCCCAACCAUGGAACGAGAUGAUAUUGUGGCCGCACGGAUCGAUCGUAAGACAUAACAGAGAAAUUUACCGUUCCGAAGGUUUGUGCACAGCGGCGGAACCGGGUAACCUAAAUCAUUAUAGAUUCCAUGCUUUAUUUAAUAAUCCGACGAUGCUGUUGUGUUCAUUAUUGGGACUACAAUUAUUACUAGUGGGCGUUCAAUUGGUUAUUCUGUUACACACACCUGAAUGGUGUCAAGUACUGUCAAUGAUGCUGUUAUUGAUCAUAAAUUACUAUACUCUAUUCAAAGUGGCUAGAAAUUAUCUAAUAUGCUGGAAGGUGUAUCGUGCCGAACAAAUAAUUCAAGAGAAAUCUCAGAUGGUUGUAAAUCCAAUUGCACAAUAAAAUGCAAAUACCUGUGCGACAUUUACUUUA